GUGUUCCGGCGAGUAUUCUCUCUCUCUAUCUCAUUGCCAUCGUCUCCGUCGAUUCCUUAUAUUACUUCAGCCUAGAAGAAAACAGUCUAUUUUGCUAAUACAGGAGUUGUGAACAUAAUAGAGGAAGAUGUUUGGUGCAUCUAAUCCUUUUGGACAGGGAUCUAACAGUAGUAGUCCUUUUGGGAACCAAACACAAUCUGUGUUUGGUCAGAACAAUAACAACGCGACUAGUAAUAAUAAUAAUCCUUUUGCUCCGAAACCUUUUGGUGCUUCUAGUCCUUUUGGGGCGCAGAGUGGUGGUUCUAUGUUUGGAGGCACUUCAACAGGUGUGUUUGGUCAGGCUCAAGCUUCUUCCCCUUUUGGUGCUUCAUCACAAGGGUUUGGGAGCUCUACUCCGAGCUUUGGAGCACCUUCUGCUUCUGCGUUUGGCAAUUCGACUUCACCUUUUGGUGGCACUUCAACUUUUGGACAGAAUGGCUUCUCAACGCCUCAGUCAAGUCCUUUCGGAAGCACCACACAACAAUCACAGCCUGCUUUUGGGUCAUCUACACCCUUUGGUACCUCUAGUACCCCUGCCUUUGGCUCCACAAAUACAUCUGCUUUUGGCUCCACAAAUACAUCUGCCUUUGGCUCCACAAAUACAUCUGCCUUCGGCUCCACCAAUACAUCUGCCUUUGGUGCCUCAAGCACAUCUGCGUUUGGCAACUCAAGCACAUCUGCGUUUGGCAACUCAAGCUCACCUGCAUUUGGCACGUCAACCACUCCUGCCUUUGGUAACUCUGGCAGUGCAUUUGGCAACAAUGCUUUUGGUUCUGGAGGUGCUUUUGGUAUACCUGCAAGCACUUCUGCGUUUGGCACACCUGCAAGCACUUCUGCCUUUGGUUUUGGCUCCUCCCCAGCUUUCGGACAGUCUACGCAAUCUGCCUUUGGAGCUCAAGCUUCUCAGGCUUCGACAACCUUUGGGAAUCAACAAGGCGGUAGUAGGGUCAUGCCUUAUACAUCUACAAUAGAUGCAGACGCUGGAGCUGCUACCCCUGGAAAGUUCCAGUCUAUAUCUGCCAUGCCUGUCUACAAAGAUAAAUGCCAUGAGGAGCUUAGGUGGGAGGACUACCAGCGAGGAGACAAAGGUGGAAAACUUCCUGCUAAUCAAACUAGUGCGUUCUCUCAGACGUCCACAAACCCUUUCGGCCAGACACCUACAAAUCCAGCAAACUCCUUUCAAAGCACAAUCUCCCCAAACCCAAGUCCUUUCGGCCAAACACCUACAAAUCCAACAAACUCCUUUCAAAGCACAAUAUCCCCGAACCCAAGUCCUUUCGGCCAGACAUCUGCAAACACAACAAACGCUUUUCAAAGCACAAUAUCCCCAAACCCUUUCGGCCAGACAUCUGCAAACACAACAAACGCUUUUCAAAGCACAAUAUCCCCAAACCCUUUCGGCCAGACAUCUGCAAACACAACAAACGCUUUUCAGACGUCCACAAACCCUUUCGGCCAGACACCUACAAAUCCAACAAACUCCUUUCAAAGCACAAUAUCUCCAAAUCCUUUCGGCCAGACAUCUUCAAACCCAACAAACGCUUUUCAGACGCCCACAAAUCCUUUCGGCCAGACAUCUGCAAACACAAAUGCUUUUCAAACCACACCAAACCUUUUCAGCCAGAACACUCCAGCAACGAACACAAAUUUUUCGUCUCCCUUUGGCCAACCUACUACCCCAUCCAUGUUUGCCACUUCAUCAAAUACCACACCCGGUUUUGGAUCGUCCUCUGGUUUUGGACCAUCCUCUGGUUUUGCAGCAACCACAACGCAGCCAUUUGGCUCCUCUCCGUCACUGUUUAGUUCGACUCCUGCACAAGGGUCAUCUCCAGCAUUUAGCAGUGGAAACUUUAACAACAGUCAGUCAGCUCCGCUGUUUAGCUCAACCCCCUCAUUUGCACAGACUAGUUCUGGGUUUGGACAGACCCAACCUAGCAUUUUCAGUACACCUUCCACUGGAUUCCCCAACAUGUCUACAAGCUUUCCAUCCUUGAAUACAAGCAUCUCUCCCUUUAAUCAAACAAAGCCUGCUGAUUUGACACCCCAACAAUCAACUCAGCCAUCUCAACCAUCUUUUACUUUCAACAACUCUGGUCAGACCCAAGCAGGUGCCUUUUCAGGUGGAUUGGCAUUGGGUCAAGGCAACUUUGGGCAAGUGUCUGCCAUGGCUAACCCCACUGCUACGCAACCAAACCCUGUUGCUAGCCCAUUUGGCACGCUUCCUGCUUUGCCUCAGAUGUCAAUUGGUCAAGGUGGAAAUUCACCUUCGAUUCAGUAUGGAAUCUCCAGCUUGCCUGUCGUUGAUAGACCUGCACCAGCCAGAGUAUCACCACUCCUGACAUCUCGACAUCUUUUGCAAAGACGGGUCAUGCUGCCUCCAAGAAAGUACCGUCCUGGGGAUGAUAGUCCAAAGAUUCCAUUCUUCAGUGAUGAAGAGAACUCCAACACACCCAAGGCUGAUGCGUCUUUCACCCCAAGGGAAAACCCGAGAGCUUUGUUUAUACGUCCAGUUAAAAAGGAAAUAGCAGCACCGCUGAAGGAUGAGUCGACCCCGCUGCAGGAGAAUGGUAGGAGAUCGAAUGGGGUUAUUGCUAACGGAGCCAACAAUGAGAAUAAGACUAAUGGUGAAGUUCCUGAUACUCCUCCGGUCAAAGCCAAUGAGAAACUUAACGUAGCACAUGAAAAUCAUGGAGGCGACAAAAACGGCUCAAAGAGUUCACCAAGUAGAGCAGAAAUCGAGUCAUUGCUGCCAAAGCUGCAUCACGCUGAGUAUUUCACAGAGCCUCGGAUCCAAGAAAUUGCUGCAAAGGAAAGGGUUAGUCCUGGUUAUUGCGGACGAGUACGGGACUUUGUCGUUGGGAGACACGGUUACGGAAGCAUAAAGUUUCUUGGAGAGACGGAUGUGCGGAAGCUCGACUUGGAAAAGUUGGUUCAGUUCAAUAACAGGGAAGUGCUUGUGUACAUGGACGAGAGCCAGAAGCCCCCUGUUGGUGAGGGACUGAACAAGCCAGCGGAAGUAACGUUGCUCAACAUAAAAUGUAUGGACAAGAAGAGCGGGAAGCAAGUGAUGGAAGGCCCGAGGGUGGAAAAGUAUAAGGAAAUGCUCAAGAGGAAAGCUGAAGAACAAGGAGCUCAGUUUGUGUCUUAUGAUGCUGUGAAUGGCGAGUGGAAGUUUAAGGUCGAACAUUUUUAGUUCGUACAAGAUUGGAGAUGAAGAUGACAGAAAAGAUCUAACCUCGUUGUUGUUUUGGGGUCUGUCUAUUAAUCUUUCUUAGUCUUUUGCUUUGACCGCAAUCUCUUUUAUUAGGAAAAUAUUAUAAGUUGGUUUUUGGAUUGGUGGUUGUGGUCUAGUGAUUUUCUCUCUUUUUUGUUCUAAUUCGGUGGUGAUUUCAGGAUAUGAGUCUGUAAAACUUUAAAGUGUUUCUUUUUAACAAAAUGAAAAAGUGUAAUAUUCAGUCAGCAAUGGAAAAAGC